AAAUAAUUAAAAUAUCGUCAAGUGUCAGCAAGAAGUUGGAAUGUAUUUUCUAUUUCUUAUAAUAUACAACUUCUUUUUUCGUACAGCAGAAAACAAUUUUAAGAUUUAUUGGUCCGUACCGACAAAUUCUUGUCGCAGGUUUAAAGUCGACUUCACAGAUCUUAUUUCGUCGGGCGAUAUAAUUCAAAAUACAAACGACAGCGUUAGAGGCGAUAAAGUUGUCAUAUUGUACAAUCCUGGUAAGUGGCCAACUAUAGACUUCGAUAAAACUGGUCGAUUAAUUUAUCAAAAUGGAGGUUUGCCAUUCAAUGGAAGUAUCAAUGAUCACUUAACGCAGCUACAGAUUGACAUCGAUAAGCAAAUUCCUAACAAGACGUAUGAUGGCAUUGCUGUUGUUGAUUUUGAAGAAUGGCGUCCAAUAUUUCGGCAAAACUUUGGUGAUCAUAAGAUUUAUAAGGAAUCAACGUUGCUUUAUGUUAAUCGAAAACAUCCAACAUGGACGCGAGAUCAAAUUGAGGCACAAGCUACAACUCUUUUUGAAAAUGGAGCCUUGAAUUUUAUGAAUCGAACAAUUCGACGUGCAAGAAAAUUGCGACCGAAUGCAUUGUGGGGAUUUUAUGGAUAUCCGCAUUGUUUUAAUCGUUACCGUACGCAAUUAGAGAAAUGUCCUGAUAUUGUUGAGACAGAAAAUAAUAAGCUAAUGUUUUUGUACAGCGGUGUGAUUUAUACCUCAAUUUACAUCUCAAAAAAUCAAACUGAUACUGCAUUGACGAAAUUUGUGCAAGGUAAAAUGUACGAGACGAGAAGGCUGGCAAAGAUGAUGGAUAACAGCACCAAUGUGAAGCUAUUGCCAUUUAUUCGAUAUGAAUAUACUGACUCAAAAGAUUAUAUGAAACAAGUUGAGUAUUUUACAUUUUGCCGGUCUGACAUGAUGAACAUCCUCAAAACAAUAAAGUCAGAAGGCGGUCAUAGUGUGAUACUAUGGGGCAGCUCGUCAAAUUUUAAAACUGAAUCGCAGUGUCGUGCAUUCAGAGACUAUUACGAUCGUGAAUUCAUUAGUAUCGUGAAAGGUUUAAAAACUUUAUAAGUGAAUUUUAAAAUUACAGCUAUUAAUUUCGUAUUUGCUGUAGUAAAGAG